GUGCGAGAAGCAGGGUGUGCAGGCUUUAGUUCCAGCCUAGCCCAGAUACUCAAAUAGCAGCCUGCGGGCCACAGCUGCAGGUGUCAUAGGCUGCAAUUGUGAUCUUUUUUUCACUAAUUGGUCUCUUGACCAAUCAGGUCAGCUCUGAAAAAUAGCUGAUGUGAUUGGUCAAAAGACCAAUUAGUGGACAAAAGAUUAGAAUUGGGCUGCUUGUGUAAACGCAGCCUUAGUAAAAAAUAUAUAUUUAUAAUCGGACAAGACAGGUGAGUUUACACCAGCUGCCCAUCUUUAUCUAAUCAGGCUCUGAUUGGUUAAAGGUUGUACGCUACACACAACAUAUAAAUACACUCCAGAGUCUCUUCACCAGCACUGUUCAUUGGGCAUCAUGGCUGCUAGUAUUGGCUCAGGGGGCCUCCUCCUUGCUUUGCUGAGCUGGGAUGUUCUUUGCUAUCCUUAUCAACAAGUUUAUAGGACCAGCUCUCUCCAUCGAAGAGGGUCACACCCUGAUCCUGCUGACCUAGAGUUCCAGGCAGGGGAGAUCUCUCACUUUGAGAGAGUCUAUGAGCACGGCAAUAGUCGGAGCGAGACCGACGAGCAUAUGCUGCCUCCUCCUAAGGGUGAGGCUGAAGGCUCUAUUCCUGUUCCAUACCGACUAGCUCGUGUCAGCUCCAGCAGCAACCAGCAGGUUCAGGAAGAACAGCCAGAGCCUGAAGCGCCAGAGCCUGAAGCGCCAGAGCCUGAAGCGCCAGAGCCUGAAGCGCCAGAGCCUGAAGCGCCAGAGCCUGAAGCGCCAGAGCCUGAAGCGCCAGAGCCUGAAGCGCCAGAGCCUAGUGGGAAGUCUUUCCAGGGUGGAGAAGACCCUUUACUGCACCAUUGGGGCCCCGGCUCUAACAAGAUUCCUUGGCAUGAGCAGAACAACAAGGCUAAGGGUGGUGUCUGGUUGGAGUCUUCCCAGGGUGUAUUUGUCUGGGUACCAUCAGUAUGGUCACUACAUGGCUACUAGCAGCUCUGUAUUAACCUGGAUCCUGGUAUCAUUUGGUUAUGGUGCUCUACAACUUUGAAUAAAUUACUUUAAAUCUA